AUGAAUGAUGAAGCAAUAGAUAAACUUAACAACUCGGAAACAUUCAAAGCAAUUGUUGAUAAGACAGCAUUUGUAACCAAGAUCAGUACAACAAAAGUGUUUUUAGAUGAAAUCAAUUCCCGUUCUAGAAUACAUGGUUGCAAUUUACAAGUUUUUGUACAAAAGGUCAUUUCCACAAACAAGAUAACAGUAUUUUGUGCAGAAAAUGGCAAAGAAUACAAUUCAAUUGAAGCCACAACAACAAAAGAUGAAAACACUCAUAUCAUUGUCAAAAAUAUCAAAUGGAUUGGUGGUGAUGAAUGGAUCACUUGCAAACCAUUCCGCCAACUUUUGUCUGACAUGGGCGGCCUUCCUCGUGCCAUCCAAAAACUUCUCGAGCAAGUUUAUAGACUUUAUCAACAAUUCCAGUCAGUCUAUAGAUCAUCGCUGGAACAUUUAACCAAAGGAGCGUCAUCAUUCCUCGACACUUUGAACUGUUCCGAUAUCAUUUCCCAGAUAACAUGGGGAAUCUUAGAGUCGUGUGGAUAUGCUCUCAUAAAUGAAAACAGUAAAUUGGAACUCCCAUACAUUUUGUUUUGGUACUACUCUUGUUUCGUCAAAACUCGUAAUGUUAUGACCUCGAAAUGGAAUGACGACACAUACUUUGGCAUUUGCAUCACGUGCUGCCUUUUCAAUCUCAGACAAGAUCGUACUCUAAUUUAA